AUGCCAUCAACCAAGGACAAACAAUGGGAUUAUGGUAUUCGUGUCGGUGUUCUGACUCUGUGGGACUGGGGCGGAAAGACAACCAAGGAAAUUCGCGAGAAGUACGGUAUGCCCCGGCGAACUUUCAACGCGAUCCAUCACAAAGCUCUGGCCCGAGGAUGGGGUCCAGGUCAACCUGUGCUGAUUGCUCACGUCGAAGACGGAGCUCGCUCGGGUCGCCCGAAGACAAAAGGAGACGGCUCUGACGGCCCCCUCGAAGUCAUGGUAAGCACCCGCUUGCUCACAACCGUCAAGGCGGCUGUGGUUCUUCUUCAUGACAGUGGCUACGAGAGGCCACCUUCCCUCAACCAUCAGAACCCGGACGCGGAUGUUGGUCGAGACCCCCUGGCCGAGUACAUGAAUCUCCGUGGCAAUGUCACGGAGUCCAUGCUGGAGCGUCGGCGGGCAUCUCCUCCGGUCUUUGAGUGGUAA